UUUCGUUUAGUUCAAAUAACAAAAUUUUUAACGGUAAAAUGUUUAAAUUUCAUUGUGUGUCAUUGCUAUUCGUUUUACUACAAAUAUUAGACACUAAUUUGGCCAUAACCACUACAGAAAACGAUGAUAAUAGUGUUCAAGAAUUUCAAUAUUGUUUACGCAAAUCAUCACAUCCAAAUUUAAGGGAGUGUAUUGGUCGUACGGCCAUUAGUUUUUUGCAACGUUUCGAUGAACGAGAUAAUUUUACAUUUGCUGGCAGUUUAAUAGCCGCCCGUGACGAUAAGGUGGCAUCGAGGUCAUUAGUGAAUUUUUUGGAUACUGAUCCGGUGGAUUUUAGAGGCAUUUUAGAGAAUGCUGGAGCAGUAAUUAGUCAAAGAGCUCUUGAAUUCCAUAUGGAUGCCAUAUAUCCGGGUCUUAUGUUUAAGAUAGGUCCCUCCGCCGAUUCCAAUAGUGUGGCACAAUUUAUGUUAGAUCCUACAGUAGAUGAAAGAAAUUUUAAUUACGAAGAAGUUUCAACAGCACGCAUCUUAACAAAACAAUACCUAUUACCAUUUCUACUCGGUUUCAAAUUCAACUUGGUAGCACUGGUGCCAAUUCUUUUUACCAUAAUUUGUUUGCUAUUGAAAAAAUCACUUUUCAUUGCCAAGUUAGUAGUUUAUAUUAGCAGCAUUUUAGGCGUAGGAGGAGUUGCUGGUGCUUUGGGAACAUUAGGUGGCGGCUUAGGAGGUUUAUUUGGAGGUGGCCAUGGAUUUGGCGGUGGUAUACCACCGCAUCCACCACCACCUUUUAGAGGACAAGCUUUUGCGGGAGGAAAUUUUGGUACUGUCGCUGGUGGUGGUUUGUAUCCCGGUAAAAAUACUGUCUACUCACAAUAUGAACAAGAUGAACUACAGCAUAUUUCACCAUAUAAAAGACAAGAUCGUAAAGUAGUUUUUGAAAAGACAAGAGAAAAUACUGGACGAAUUAGUAGCAGCAGUAAUGUACGCUCAACUGUAGCACCAGUUUUAGCCACACCUGCCCCAGAUCGUUUUUAUGAAUAUGAGAAACAGGUUCUAAUGCAAGAUCGUAGUGGUAAAUUGCGUCAUUCAAAUGGUAAAUUAGGUCCUUCGGCCUAUACAGAAGAUGAAGAAGAGGUGGCUGGUGUUAUAAAUAUUUCAUCAAAUCAUCAUUUUAAGACUAGUGAUAACUCUGGCUGGAAAGUGUUAAAUUUAAGAGUGUUCUUAGCACUUUUUGUGAUUUUCACACUAAAUUGUAGUUUAAGUGUUGCCAUAAUAAGUACGCAAGGAGAUGGUUCUUCCGCUCUACAAAUGGGUCAAUCGAUGGCUCAAUGUUUCGGACAGAAUGAGAUAAUUAAUUGUUUGGAAAAUAAAAUAUUUGAGACAUUAGACAAAGCCAUUGCUAAUAAUGAUACAUGGCAAUUUAGUGAUUUUUUAGUUAUUGAAAAAAAUACUCACAACACUACCUCCUCGUCAUUCUUAAACGAGGAUAAACAAAACAAAUUACUUAAUACAUCACAUAGACGUUCUUUAAGUGAUACAUUGGCUUUGAAAAUGUUACAGUUGGCUCAAACACGCUCAUUAAAAUUACAAUUACCCUCAUCUGUCAAUAAUUUAUUCAUAAAACGCAGCAUAUCCUCAGCUCUAGAUGAUUUCAAUGCAGAUACCACUGAUGAUGUUGAUGAUACUGGUGCGACUGAACAAUUGGAACAGGAAGAAGGUCGCAAGAAAAAGGACAAAGACAAGAAUAUGGCAAUGAUGGGAGGUAUGGCGAUGCUGGCAAUGGUUGCACAAAUGUUUUUGGGCAAAGUAAUACUAAUAGCAGGAGCUGCAUUUGUGAUGGCUAAAGUUGCUUUACUUAUCUCCGUACUGGGCAGUCUCAAAAAGGGAACGGGUGGUAGUGGUGGCGGUACGGAUCAUGUUAUUGUUACCGGCGGAGGAGGGGGAGGAGGCAGCAGUCACAGUCAUGAACACAGUUCAAGUUGGCAUCGCAGCAUGCCCUAUGAACACAACAAAUUCGAAAUAAUACCAGCAGACGAGCACAAAUACACAGAACCGGGAACUUACUAUGAAGUUGCCGAAACUGAUGAGUUCAAACGUAGAAAUCAAUAUCAACAGCAACAACGAAAUAAAUUGAAUAAAAUUAACUUUUAAAAGAAAUUAAAACAAAUUAAACUUGAUGG